UUCAAAUAUGUGGACUCAAUCCUAUUCCCAGUAUGAAACAGGACCAAACUUCUAUUCCAUCACUAACAUCUUUCACCAUUUUUGCAACUCAAAGAAUCUGAGAGCCAUUAAAGUAUUUCAUGCACAUCUAAUUAGAACAGGAUUACUCUUUAUCUCCCCUAACUUUCAAUUCAAACUCAUAUCUACUACAUGCACAACUACUUCACUUCCCAAUGGUAAUAACCUUAAAACCUUAAUCAACUUCUUCAAAUUCCUCAAACCCAAAAACUCUUUGCUCUUAAAUUCAAUUCUUUCCCAUUUUUCACAAAAUGGGUUUCAUUUUCUUGCUCUUAAAACAUUCUCUUUCAUGCAUUUUAGUGCUAUCGACAUUGAUUCAUACACCUUGUGUAGCUCCAUUACAGCUUCAUCUGCUAUUAAAAAUGUAAACUUUGGGCAAAUGGUUCAUACCCUUGUGCAUAAAUCAGGUUGGAUUUCUAGUGUUUAUGUGGGGUCUGCUUUGAUUGACAUGUAUGCCAAAUCGUUGUGUAUCAAGAACGCAGCUGUGUUGUUCGAUGAAAUUCCUGUGAAGAACACAGUGUGCGUGAACGCGCUUCUUUCGGGCUAUUCUGAAGCUAAGAUGUGGAUGGAGGGGUUGGCAUUGGUUAGGAACAUGCCGUGCUUGAAUCUAUCUUGGGAUAAUUUCACUUUUUCAGCUGCUUUGCGUGCUUGCGUUGGGCUCUCUGCAUUUGAAUUGGGUAAGCAAGUUCAUGGACGUGUUAUUCGAAAACUUCAUGACUUGGAAUCUGAUGUUUUUCUUCAAAGUUUGUUGAUUGAAAUGUAUGGCAAAUGUGGGUCAGUGGAGAAGGCUAGGCAUGUAUUCGACAUGGUCGGCUUUAGAUGUGGAGAAAGAAAGAAGGAUGUUGUUCUUUGGACAUCAAUGCUUGGUGUUUGCGGAAGAAAUGGGAAAUUUGAAGAAGUGAUUAAUUUGUUUAAUAACAUGGUGAUGGAUGGAAUUAAACCAGAUGGUGUAGCAUUGUUGACUGUUCUCUCCGCUUGUAGUCACACUGGCCACGUAAAUCUUGGAAUGAAGUACUUUGAAUCAAUGGCAUCUAAUUACAGUUUGGAACCCAGCCCCGAGCACUACAGUUGUGUGAUUGAUUUACUGUGUCGUGCAGGUGAGUUGGAUAGAGCAUGGAAACUAAUCAACGAGUUAUCUUACAAAGAUAAUGAUAAUUUCACUGUUACCUUGUGGGGAGCCUUGCUUAGUGCCUGCCAUAACUUUGACAAUGUCGAACUAGGUAUAGUAGCUGCUCAAAGGGCAUUGGAUUUGGACCCUCAAAAUGACGGGGUUUAUGUUCUGCUAUCGAACAUGUAUGCCAGGAAUGGCAUGUGGAAUGAAAUUGAGAUGUUGAGGGAACAGAUAAAAGAGAAGGGAUUAAAGAAAGACAUAGGACAUAGCUUGGUGGAUAUCUGUAGAUGAGAUAAAAGCAAUGGUCAGAAAUACGCCACAUUCUUCUUCUCAUGGAUUCUGUAGCUAAAAGAAAUGUUUUAUGAGGUAUUACUGGCACAGAUUGUGAGGGUCCUUGAUUAUUCUCGUUGUGUAAGAUAGAUUGCGACAAGUGAUUAGAGCAUACUAUAAGUGCAGUUAUGAUGUUCAAGGUGGUUCACACAUGGAGUGCUCCUACAAGUGUGUAGCUGAAGUUAGAUUUUUCAAAGACCAUGUUUCAAUGUGGACUAGUUUCUUAUGUGCGACUGCGGGCAUUUAAAGCAGUAGAGUACGGGGAGUAACCUUUACAUCCAAAUAUUCCAGGACAAAGGAAACCAAAAAUAUUCAUCAAAUUGACAUGAAGCUAAAUAAGGAGCUCGCUGGGGCAGAGGAGUGCCUCUUCCAUCUCAAUGAAGAGCUACUUGGAAGAAACCUUUACUCUGGAGACGUUCUUCAAAUUCAAUUUUCAUUGAAGCUCUUAAAAAUUAUGUUGGACUUGAGGGGAUGAACCGAUUUCUUAUUUGUGAAGUGACAACAGAGAAAGAGGAUUUGGGCUGUGCCAUGACUUUGAUAUGCUCGGACUUAAUGAGCAACGUAAGGAGAGUCUAUAGCAGUUAAAGAUGAUGGAAUUACAGGUGGGCAGGGAGGAGGAAGGAAUUAGAGGAGAUAAAGAAGAAACUAUGGCAAUUCAAUGUUAAAAUCUGUGGGACACGCUAGUCGCCAGGGCUGCAUGAAGCGCACAAGAUGGCAAGAACUAGCUCAUCUGGAAAAGUAACCAUAAUUCUUUAUAAGUUUCCUCAUAUUUGAAGCAUAAAGGUUACAACUAAAUAUCAGGAAAUGGCUUUAAGUUUCUUCAUAUUUGAAGCAUAAAGGUUACAAAAUAAUAUCAGGAAAUGACUUACUCUUAGUUCUUAACUUCAUGGUCAGGAAUCAAAUGAAAUGGGUCCUAAUAAGAGACCCACUGACAUAUAAGGCACAGAUGAGCCAUGUGAAAGGAAGUCCAAACCAUAUUCAGUGAUACGAAAUAUCCUUGCCUCCUCAGUGAAGGAUGAAUUUAUUGCUCGUUUUUCGUCAUUGUGCAUUGAGAUUCAGUUGCUAAGUUGUGGAAUGACUGGAGGAUAACUAAUAGUUAGAAAAGCUUUAAAACAAUGACAAUGGAAAAGUUGUGGAAUCUGAUAGUUAUGCAUGUGUAAAGUGAGCCUUGUGGUUCAGUUGAACAUGCUUGGCUUUCACGGUAUAUCAAAAUGGAAUUCAUGAAAUAAAUUGGGUAAGAUCUUCUAUAACAAUGCAUCGACUAUCGAGAUGGAAAAUGAGCUAUGUUGUUUGAAGAUUUCCAGAUAUCUUCAAGUAUAGUACCAUCACCAAUGCAUAUUUCAUCAAAAUAAAGAUUGUACCUCAAAGGUUUUUCGCUGUGACAUGGUUUAUGUAUAUAGUAUGAUAAUCUGAAGAUAUUUACUGAUGGUUUAUUUCGCAUCUGGAGGUGCAAGUUCAUACUGCAGCUCUCAGAAGGGAGUCGUGGGAAAGAAUUACAGUUUUACUUCAAAAUGGCCCAGGAGUUGUGGCGGGUGCUCAUCCAUUGCAGAGGUGGAUGUACACAAAGGAGGUGCUGCACCUGCAGAUGACACAAUGCCCAUCCGAUGUGGCUCAGAAGUAGCGUGGAGAGCAGUCCAAUAGAUUUAGAAGUUCCAGAAAUGCUCAUCUCAUGUAGGAAGGUAAUAGAGUGCACAGGGUCUCAACUGAGCUCUUGUAAAAACGAACAAUUGAAAGCAUAGUUGGAGAGAUUCAAAGCUGUGACAAUAAGGUAUGAAUAGAAAGCCGUUUUACAUUGUUUUCCUAAAUUUCGGGUGAUUGUGCAUGUACUAUCUACGGUCUUCUCAACCUACUUAAUUGCUGCUAGCUUGUGCUUUUGUUUGUUCCGAACCGGAUGUGAAAUCCUAAUCCUUAACAUUUGCAGAAUUUGCUGUGGGUCCAAAGAGUAUUUUCCUCGGCCUAUCUAUUUCAACCAUCCUUAUAUCUGCUCUCUCUCUAUAUAUACAAUAUAUACAUAUAUCUGUCUGUGUAAAUAUUUUUGGCUUAGAAACUGAGGCUUCUUGUACUUAGGCCACGUCAUAUGGGUACCUUAAAACUCUUCCGAAAACAAACUACGUUGGAUGGUUUAUCAUGAC